GCUCGUCUCCGCCUUGUGCUGCGUCUUCGCUUUCGCUUUCGCCCGUCUCCUUUCCGUUCCUCCUCGGUUUGCAAGGAUCCAGGCUGCGGCGACAGAAGGGAUCCUCCGUCUUUGGACCCCAACUUGACCUCUACCGCGGCGAGGCGGGACUCUCUUUCUCCCGCGCUGCCCAGACCGUGCAUUUUGCGCGCAACGAGGCGCACCCAUGGCCGCCGCCGGGGACCCCUCCAAAACUCUCCAGGACGAAGCGACCUGCUCCAUCUGCUUGGAUUACUUCAGCGACCCUGUGAUGAUCAUCGCUUGCGGGCACAGCUUUUGCCGAGCCUGCAUCGCCCAGUGCCCGGAGGGGCCGAGCCGCGACCUCUCCUCUUGCCCCCAGUGCAGGAUCGCUUUCCCCCGGGGCCACCUGCGGCGCAACAGGCACUUGGCGAAUAUGGCCGAAGCGAUCCAGCGCCUCCGCCUGCAGAGCCUCCGCCUGGCCGAAGGGGAGCCCAAGGAGAAAGUGCCGAAGUUGUGCGGGAAGCACUACGAAGCCCUCCGGCUCUUCUGCCUAGAGGACCGCGCCUUCAUCUGCUUGGUCUGCAGGGAAUCGCGGGCGCACAAAGCCCACGUCGCCCUCCCCAUCGACGAGGCUGCCCAGGAUGCUAAGGAUCACCUCCAAAGCUGCCUAACAACCUUAAAGAAGGAGAGAGAUGAAAUUUUGAAGGGGAAAUGGUGCAGUGAGAGAGAAAUUCAGGAAAUGAAGAAACGCGUGGGAAGCCUCAGGAAUCAAGCUGCGGGAAAGUGGGAACUGCUAGAUGUGUGUGAAGAGAUCAUGAAGUCAAUCGACAAAAUAGCCAGUGAAUUCUCAGAGCGCAGUUCUCAUCUUGCCAAGCUGAUUAAAGAGGCAGAGGAGAUGUGUCUGAAGUCUGCCUUUGAACUCCUGCAGGCUAUGGAUCCCUUGCUGAGCAGGUGCAACACAGAAAUAUAUGGGAAACCCAAAGCUGAUCUGAAUAAGAAAGUUGAGUGGCUUAAUGAAAAACUACAGCUGGUGCAGACCAAGUUGUGUGAGCUUUCAGACAGAAUGCAUAUCAAUACAGGGAAAUCACAAUGGAUAAGAGAAAACGUGGUGUUUGAUCCGGAAACAGCCCAUCCCCGAUAUAUUGUGUCUCCAGAUGGGAAAGCGUUAUGGUGGGGAAAUGUCCGUCAGGACUACCCCUACAGUUCAAUUCGGUUUGAAUACGCCCGCUGUGUACUUGGAAUGUGGGGAUUCAGCUCAGGGAAACAUUAUUGGAUGGUGGAUGUCCGAAAUGUCAACCAUUGGGCUGUGGGCGUAGCCAGAGAGUCUGUGGAGAGGGAUAGGGAAAUUAAUUUUGAACCCUAUGAAGGGAUCUGGGCAGUGGGCUUUAGCCGCCAUGAUCAGUUCAAAGCUCUGACUUCACCUCCUAUCUAUUUGGACCCAGAAGAGGGCCCAGCACAAAUCCAAGUUUCUUUGAACUAUGACGCAGGGAAAGUGUCUUUUUAUGAUGCUGAAGAUAACACCUGCCUCUUUAUUUUCGACUCAAUUGAUUUUGAUGGGGAGGAAGUUUUUCCCUUUUUCCGGAUUGUCGAUUCAUCAGCUUGCCUCCAGCUGUGCUAUUAAAGCACAUGGUCCUUGGCCUGUGCUUUGCCUUUCCUGGGUUCUCUGACGAGUCCAAGUGUUAGUUCCAAAGAGCAGCAGAUAUCCCUUUGGAAGUCUGUACAGGCUGCAGUUUCCAUCCCAGGCUGCUGUCCCACAUUCCCCUUCAACAAAGGACCAUGGUGUUUUGGCUUGACUGUGCAGAUGAUUGCUUUAUAAUCCAGUACAGAAAAGGAGCAUUACAGUAUUGCAAAUAAUGUUACUUUAAUUUUGCACCCUCUCGGUGGUGCCAAUGGGAGAUUUCCUCCCAGUGCAGAUAGCAGCUUCAGAGGAGGGAUUAUACUUGGGACCAAAGCAAAGGGUUAAAUCCCCCACCACUUUUUUGGGAUUCAAAUAAUCAUUAGCUUCUCCUCUCAGUAUUUUGCAGCUUUGCAAACCUGCAUUUUAAUGCUAAAUAAACCAAAUAUUGUCUAUUUUUGACCCUUAAUCUUCCCAUAUAUUAACUCUGCUAUUUGUUAGCAUAGAACUGUAGCUUUUUACUUUUAAUGAACUUAUGAUUUGCUGUCGCCGUUGCAGUCUUUAAUCAUUUCAUUAAUCUUUCAAUAAAGUUUUUUUUUAAAAAAUCCUUUUAA